CUUAAAAAAUAUAUUAAGAUUUUUAGUAUAUUGAGGGCUCAGAUGAAGAGAAAUAAGGAGCAAAAGAAACGGUAUUUUUGUCGAUUGCAUGAUUUAUUCAGUGAAUACAAGUCUAUUUUUGUGGUGAAUAUUAAUAAUGUCGGGUCGCAACAGAUGCACAUGGUUAGGAAGGAGCUUAGAGGAAGCGGUGUGAUUUUUUGCGGAAAAAAUACGAUGAUUCGGCGAGCUAUGCGUGAUUUUUUAACUGAUCUUCCUUAUCUGGAGACAUUGCUUCCUGUUGUCUAUGGAAACAUUGCAUUUGUGUUUACGAAUGAUGAUUUGAAGUUGUCUCGGACCAAAAUUAUGAAAAAUGUUGUUUCCGCGCCGGCCAAAGCAGGUAUAAUUGCACCAUGUGAUGUUAUUGUUCCUGCGGGCAAUACAGGUAUGGAGCCUGGUAAGACAUCUUUUUUUCAAGCACUCGGUAUACCUACGAAAAUUGCACGGGGUACUAUUGAGAUUAUAAGCGAUGUUCAUCUUAUUCACGCUCAAGCAAAAGUGGGUGCUUCUGAAGCUACUUUUCUGAAUAUGUUAAAUAUUAUGCCUUUUACAUAUGGGAUAACAAUUCUUCAUGUAUAUGAUCAAGGGAUUUUAUUUUCACCUUCUAUUCUUGAUAUUACAGAGGAAGCUUUUAUUGGAUAUCUCAAAUCCGCUAUUCAGAAUGUAGCAAGCAUAUCAUUAGCUUUGAAUUAUAUGACAAUUGUUUCAGCAUUGCAUAGUUUGGUUAAUAGUUAUAAAAAUCUUCAAGCACUCUCUAUUGCUUCAGAUUAUAUAUUUGAAGGAACUGAAAAGAUUAAAAAUAUUCUUGAAAACCCAGAUGCUUAUGUUGUUGCAUCUGCACCUGUUGUUGAAUGUGAAGCUCCUCCCGAAGAAGAAUCAGUAGAAGAGGAAGAUGAGGAUAUGGGACUUAGUCUUUUUGAUUAAAGAAAUAAAAUUACAUACAUUUUUGAAAAAUAAUCAUCAAGUUACG